AUGUCUCUCUCAAGUAUACGGCCGAGACCUGCUGACACUGGACUACCUUCGGGCUGGGAAGUGCGCCAUAGCAACUCCAAGAACCUACCCUAUUACUUCAAUGCCGCCGAGAAGAUCUCACGCUGGGAGCCGCCCUCUGGCACCGACACCGAGAAGCUGAAGCAGUACAUGGCUUUGAACCACAGUUCGACAUCCGCCGGAGCUGCCGUCGCUAAGCCCGCCGAUAAGAUCCGUGCCGCUCAUCUGCUGGUCAAACACCGAGAGUCGCGACGCCCUGCAUCUUGGCGAGAGAGUGAGAUCACCCGCUCCAAAGAGGAGGCAAGGGACAUCAUCAAGAACCACGAGGCCCGUAUCAAGCGCGGCGAGGUCAGCCUGGGCGAACUAGCACUUACUGAGAGCGACUGCAGUAGUGCGCGCAAGAGAGGGGAUCUAGGCUACUUCGGCAAGGGCGACAUGCAGAAGGAGUUCGAGGACGCUGCUUUUGCCCUGCAGCCAGGCCAGAUGAGCAGUGUGGUUGAGACACAGAGUGGCCUUCAUUUGAUCGAGCGGUGA